GAACUUGGUUUCAUAUGACCUGUAAUAAUCCUAUAUUUAAUCUACCAAUUCCACUGCAACACAUGACACUUUCCCUUGAUCAUAGAGGAGUGUCACCCUUCGAACCUAAGUAAAAAACGAAUUCGGAAGGCACGAGGCAAUAGGAUUUCAGGCUUCAAAUGAAGCCACCAGCUCCCUCGUCUUCUCGAGUCAGUUUCCUGCUGAAAAAGGCCAGGGUCUCUCCUAUUCUCCUCACCUUCCUAGCCUUCGUUGCCUUCGUCACCAUCCUCUACAGCCAAGACUUGCGCUGCCUCUUCGGCCAAUUUGACGACUCUGACCAUCCUAAACACAACAAGUACCAAACCAUCUCACCUACCAAGAAGAACGGAGGGAAGUUACCUUUUGCCAUCGGAGAAACUGAGGAAGGAUGUGAUGUGUUUAGCGGGAGAUGGGUUCGGGACGAGGUGAACCGGCCGCUGUACGAGGAAUCAGAAUGUCCGUAUAUUCAACCGCAGCUGACAUGCCAAGAACACGGCCGCCCUGAUAAGGACUAUCAGUAUUGGCGAUGGCAGCCUCAUGGCUGUACACUUCCCAGUUUCAAUGCCACGUUGAUGCUGGAAACGCUUCGAGGAAAGAGAAUGAUGUUCGUCGGCGAUUCCCUAAACAGGGGGCAGUAUGUUUCCAUGGUCUGCCUUCUCCACAGACUCAUCCCUGAAGACGCCAAAUCCAUGACAACUAAUGGUUCACUUACUAUAUUCACAGCAAAGGAAUACAAUGCAACCAUCGAAUUCUACUGGGCACCGUUUCUCCUCGAGUCCAACUCGGAUGAUGCUAUCGUACACAGAAUAUCUGAUAGGCUAGUCCGUAAAGGUUCAAUUAUUAAGCAUGGAAAGAAUUGGAAAGGAGUUGAUAUAAUGGUUUUCAACACCUACCUGUGGUGGAUGACCGGCCGAACAUUCAAGAUACUGCAAGGGUCUUUUAGUGAUGAAGUGAAAGAUAUUGCGGAAGUGUCUACGGACGAUGCUUAUCGUAUGGGAAUGAAAACCAUGUUAAGAUGGAUAAAGAGGAAUAUGGAUCCCAAGAAAACUAGAGUCUUCUUCGCUAGCAUGUCACCCUCUCAUGCAAAAAGCAUAGAGUGGGGCGGCAGUCCAGAUGGGAACUGCUAUAAUGAGACCAAGCUGAUAGAAGAUCCAAAUUAUUGGGGUUCAGAUACCCGGAAAAGCAUAAUGCAAGUGAUCGGAGAAGAAUUCAGAAAAACCAGGGUGCCUAUAACGUUUCUCAACAUCACGCAGCUAUCAAGUCACCGAAAGGAUGCACAUACAUCCAUUUACAAGAAACAAUGGAGUCCCCUCACCCCGCAGCAGCUAGCCAACCCUGUCAGCUAUGCCGAUUGCACGCAUUGGUGUUUGCCCGGCCUCCAUGAUACCUGGAACGAGCUUUUGUUUGCCAAGCUCUUUUAUCCUUGACUUCAUCUUUUAUCCUUGCCAAGCUCUUUUAUCCCAUUAGACAUUUUAGAACUUGAAUCUAAAAUCUCUCGCUUACACUCUUUUCCCCGCACCAUCCAAUCAUCUCAGUUAAACCCUCUUUGUACAGCACAAACCAAUAUAAGCGGCUACUCCCACACGUGAUGAUCAGAUCAAAGAUUUGGACGCAGCCUUGGCUUCUUUCUUUCGUGGAGGAACGUGAACGAAAGAGGUUGCUCACUGACCUCUCCAGCGGACGGAGAAAGUUUUUUUAUUUUAUUUUAUUUUAAAUACCUUACAUUGUUUUUGUUCAAAGUUUUUUUUUUUUUUUUUUUUUUUUGGUUUUGGACUUUUAAACAUAGAUUGUGGGUCAGAAUUUUAGUUGGAAUAUUUCCAAGGACGAAUAUUGGGCCUUGGUGCGUCCUGUUUCACUCUCUCAA